AUGGCGGAGAAGAGACGGCAGCAAACACUUCAGACGUAUUUCACGAAGAGACUGCGACAAAAUGAAGAUGACAUGUCUACAUGUAUACCGGCCAGUGUUCCAGCUGCAGUCAGUCCAAUAAGUACAUGUUGUCCAGCUACAGAUAAAGAUAAAGAAAUUGACAUGCCUACAUCUAGUAUACCGGCCAACCCAAAAAGUACAUGUUAUCCAGCUACAGCUGAUAUAGGAGUUAUAACUCCGUCUCCAAGCUGUAUGCAGGCUCCACCCACGCAGUCUCAGAAAAGCACAACUAACCGUGACUUGGAGGAAGGUUUGAUGUUGGUUAAUCAGUUGUUUCCUGCAUGUACCGGUACAAUUCAUAGUUACUAUUCUUGCCGCAAAAGUGAUUGCACCACCUUAGGAAAGGAAGAGAGCGAAAGAUUGUCUACCAAAACGGAUCGAUUUAAACAUGAAUGGUUAUUCAUGAGGUCGUCGUUCGCUGAUAAACAGAACCUUUGGUGGUUAGUUUACAUAGAAGGUCAGGGAAUGUACUGUUUGGUUUGCAAAAAGCAUUUUCAGCGCAACAGCUACAACAAAAGCGAAAAAUUUGUGUCGGAACCAUCUGUCCGCCUCAAGAGGUCUGCGGUGACCAGUCAUGCCAAUGCAAAUGUGCAUACGCGUAGUCUAGAGGCCGAAACACAGCAGCGAAGAGGCUCUGUGAUCCAAAAAGAGCUAGAGAAAAAGCAGAGCAGCCACUUCAAUGCAGUUUUGAAAGCCUUCACCACCGCAUACUUCCUUGGAAGGGAACACAUAGCAAACAGAAAAUUUGUUCCUUUUCUAAAACUUGUUGAACACCUUGGUUUAGACGAUAUUACAUACUUUGAACACAGAAGCCAAGGAUCCAUCAGAGAUGUAUUCAUGACCAUUGGAGAUACCAUCCAAGAUAAGAUUUGCUCGGAUAUACGACGAUCACAAGGAUUUGGUGUGCUCAUUGAUGACGUCACAGAUGCCGCUGCAAUGGAGCAGAUGAUUACUUUUGCGCAGUAUCUGAACUGUGGAAAACCUCAGAUUGCUUACAUAGGUAUCCGUGAUGUGUUGGAAUCCCAUGAAUCGGCUAAUGCUCAAGCCUUAUUAGACACAUUUCUCCAGCUGCUUCAGGACAAAAAUCUUAAGGUGGAAGAUGUGAAGGGUCUCUGUUCUGAUGGGGCGAGUGUGAUGCUUGGGCGCAAGAAUGGAUUUGCAGCCAAAUUAAAGAGUCAGCCUGGUUGUGAUCAGAUGAUCUCCGUGCACUGUGUGUGUCAUAGAUUGGCAUUGGCCUGCUGUGACACAAGUGCGAAUCUUGGUGAGCUGAAGGCCGUGGAAGACACACUCGUGCAUCUUUGGAAAUGGAUGGAAUAUUCUCCUCAACGCACAGCAGCGUUUCUCAAGGCCCAGUUGACCUUGAAAGGUGUGGCCGCACCAGCCACAACUUCAGCAGAGAAAACAGUUUGUAGAAAACUUAAGAAGGCCUGUCACACCAGAUGGCUGAGUUUUGACGCUGCAGUGAAGGCUGUCUUUGAGGAUUACUGGGCAAUCCUGCAGACUCUGUCAGCAUUUGAAAAGUGUGCUGUUGCUACUGGUCUCUUGAAGAAGAUGCGGAAUACCCACUUCCUUGGAACCGUAAUGUUGCUUAGAAAUGUUCUGCCCCACCUUGCAGGUCUAUCAAAGGUAUUCCAAGCAAACAUUCUGAACUUCUCAAGAAUUCAGCCUCAGAUUCAGUAUGUUAAAGAUAGAAUACAGUCUCUAUGUGAUGAGAAUGUUGCCUGUGAAGAACUUGAGAAGGAAUUGAAUCCUGAGGAUGGACGUCUAAGACACACGGGAAUCAAGUUCGCAGAGAAAGAUGGUGAACGGCUAAAGAAGCUAUCCACCUGCUACAUCACAGCAUUGCAGAGGAACAUUGAUGCGAGGUUUCAGGAUAGUGUUGGUGUUAUUAGCUCAUUUGCCAUUUUUGACCCAUCAGCUGUUCCCUCCAAAGAUUGA